GAGGACAUGGUUUCUUUAAGGGAGACUGAUCUAUCACUCAAAUUGCUUGAUGAGAUUAUUCUUCAAAAUGUGAGCAACAACAGUAAUAUCUCCUACUGGACAAUUGGGAGAGUGAUGAUGGUAUGUCUUUGUUCCAGUAAAUGUGUUACAUUGUAUGAGAUGAUUAUUAAGGGGCUUCAGUGGGCUCCCAAAUGGCUAUCAGUUGUGGAGGUCUGGAACUCUGGCGUUAGGGAUAUGGCGUUUUUUCCAAUGCUUCGGACUGCUUUGAAAGAUACAUUUUGGUCAGACCAGAGGUGUGCUGGCUACAUAUAACCGCAUAGUUUUGUGUAUCUUUUGGAUCAUGUGUUAUUUGUGGAGUCGUAUCUGAAUGGGAUCCUUUACACCACGAAGUCUUCUUUCUAUGGAUGGUUCACACAUCUUCACUCAACUGAUGAACCGGUACUCCUCGAGGUAUUUCUGAGGUUUGAAGUAAACUCUUAUCUUGACAUUGUUAAACAGAUUCUAUACAAUAAAGAGUUUACUGAAUCUUGGAUUCGAAGAUCAAACAUUGAGGUCUCCUAUUAUUACCCAAUUUUAGUGUUGAAGCUGGUAAUGAUGGUUUCUUUAGCCUGUCUGCAAGAGCGGGAUUGUUCUAAAGUGCUAUUUAAUCUGCUCACGGUAAGCAACAAUAUUGCUGAUUCGCUUCCAGAGAAGUUUGUGUACCAUCUUUUAAGCAAAAGGAAGGGUCGCAACUUGCAUUUGUGUCCACAAAUAGUUGCAGAAGCGUUUAUGAGCGUAGACGAUCCUCUCUUGAUUGUGAGUUCAGGAAUGCCCGAUCCGAAAAUCAAUGCCCCUGAUGCUAUAUUUGUUGACCUUAAGAAAUCCAAAAAGGAGAUAACGAGUGCAUUGUUCUUAAGGAAAGCUGCAGUUUGCUGUCAAUUUCCUUCGAAUGAUGAUGAAUGUGAGACUAUUCUUGAGGCACCAUAUUCUAAUACAUCAUCAAAUGUAAAUGUGGAUGUAAAUCCAAAAGUCAUAAGUGUGGACCUUGAUAAACCCGAGCAGAUAAUAAGUAAAUUGCGCUCAACAAGAAAAGCAUAUGAACGCGACGAUUAUUGUGAGACGAUUUCUGUGGCGCCAUCUUCUUCUAACACAUCAUCAAAUGCAAAUGUGCAUGUAAAUCCCGUGGCUGAAUGCAAAGAGAAAAAGUCAGAUGACAACGAUGAAUGUAGGAUGAUUCUUGAGGUGCCAUCUUCUUCAAACACAUCAUCAAAUGCAAAUGUGCAUUCAAAUCCGAAAAAGAGUGAUAUUCUUGAUAUAAGUCUGAAUCUUGGUGAUAAGUCAGAUGACAAUAAGAAAUUAAUUCUCAGCUUUCUAGAACAAUUGCAACCACCCUCUGCAGUUGAGGAGCUAAAGAGAGUUAUUUUGUCUAUGUUUGAAGAGAGUGACGAUGAAGCCAAUAAUCCACCUGUCAGGGGUGGAAAAAAGAAGGCUAUGCAAGCGGUUGCUAAGAGUGGAGUGAGGAAGAAAGAUGAUGAGCAAGCGAAGAGUAUGAUGAAUGAUGCGUUUGUAGAAAGCGUUUGUAAGAAGUUAUUGGAGGAAGGGAGCAGCAAGACUGGUGAGGCUGGCGAUGAGGAAGCAAAGAGCAUGGAAAGGAAGGGAAAGAGCAAGACAUGUGGGGCUGAUGAGGAAAAAAGCAUUCAGGAUGCAAAAACCGGGAAGGGCAAGAGCAAGAACAAAAAGGGUAAAAAGAAGAAGAAUUAGCUGGCUAGUUGAAUCAGAUGUAGUAGUGUCGUUGGUUUUAUUGUUAAGAGUUAUGGAAGAUGAUACCAAAACCAACCGAACACAACUUUGACUUAACUAAAAAGUGAAUGCUGGUGCUGGACUUAGGAUAGAAUGAAACAGAUUAAUAUUCUUGUUUCCUAUAUGCAACUAUUACUUAUCUUUCUUGAAGACUUCGA